AUGAUGGUGUUUCUGGACUCUUCUAGAGAAACCAAAGCAUGGAGCUGGCCACCUCACUAGAUCCGUCACUCAGCAACAGGAGUAUCACUAUCUGCACAGAGGUACUAGAGGCGCUUCGGAUUGGAGGAUUGGGCGAGUCAAAGGAGCGGGCGGAGUCUUACCGUGCGGAGCGUUACAGGCUCUUCCCGUACACGCUAGCCUUCAUGCCCACGGGGUACGAGGAGAACACCGAGAUCGCCAAUGGCGACGUCUCCACAGAGACCGGGGAGCUGGCCAAUGACAUGUGGGCUGCGUUACGGUUGGAGAAACCUUACGUGCCAAGCACCGAGCCUUGGGGGACACCAAGUCAACUGGACGCCAUUUUGUAGCACCUGUUGAAACGUUGAAGUGGAAAAGACAGAGGGUUUGUUUCUCCUUUGCUUGGGCUUUGGCGCAGUUGGUUUCAUCUCUGUCUCCGACGUGGCGAACUAGGACUGUGUGUGGAGGAGGAGGAAGAGGGGAAGUGAAUGAAAAGGGAUUUUAUUUUUUUUAUCUUGCUGACGGACUACUACUCUAACUGAAAAUACAACAUCAACAAACACUGUCAUCAACUGUUAUUAAAAACACACAACCAACAGACAGAUGAGAUGAGACUAUUUAUGUAAUGAACAACAACACUUGGUAUUUUUUUUACAGGGGAGACUUUUUGCCACUCUAAAUACAAUAUUUAUUUACUUAACUUAUUGAGUGGUUGGUUGGUUGUAUGAUUUGAUUAUUUCGUAUGCACACAGCAUACACACAAUCUAUUGUAUAUCAGACCUGUACGAUGUACUUCCUCUGUAACCCACAGAUCAUAAGAGAAUAACAUUAUCUAUAUACUACUAACAUCAUAAUCAAUAACAUCAUUAUCUAUAUACUACUAACAACAUCAUAACAAUCUACAUCAUAAUGAAUGUAACAUUUAUGAUCUAUAACAUCAUGAGAGAAACUAAACUAGAAAAUAAACCAAACCAACUAUAAUGAAUUGGGAAAAAUACACUGUAGGGAACAUUCAGUACACCUUCCUGAAUAUGAGGUGCACUCUCUCCCCCCUGGUGGUGGUGGCUGCAUCAUGUUAUGGGUAUGCUUGUAAUCGUUAAGGACUGGGGAGUUUUUCAGGAUAAAAAUAUUCACGGAAUGGAGCAAAGCAC